AGCAUCUGCGGUUCCUUUGUGUCCACAUUCUCUCAAUGUAUCCGUUGCACGGCGUGACGUCAUAGAGGCCGGUUGUUGCCAUUCAUUGCUCCAUUGCUAUUGGUCCUCUGGCGAUAUUGAUACAAAUACAGAUAGAUACAUCCAUCAGGGGGGAGACCCCGCCUUGUGGGAGGUGAAGCCCAGAUCCUACAGCACCUGCUCCCUCCCCCUGGACACCAAAGUAUCUUUGCUGGACACCAUCCCUCCUCUCCCUUUUCACCCUCAAACGCCGACCGACUUUUCCCAGCCAGCCAGCCAGCCACCCCUCCCUCUCGGUCGCGCUGGUGCCAGUGUGUUGUGUGUUGUCCUCCUGCCGGCGUCGAUGGCAACAGGCGGAGGCCGAGCGGAGGUGGCGAAGGGCCGGGUCAACCCACGACCCCGUGGUCUGGGUGUCUCCGCUCGGCUCGCCCUGCAGCACGGCGGCUCGGAGCAGCCCGGUGCUCGGCUGCCGGCGCUCGGCCACAUGUGCUCCAGUUUUGGACAUAAACGGGGCCCAAGUCUGCUUUCGAGGUUCUACCACGGAACAAAAUGUGGUAAAUUGAGAUCAACAAAUCUGACCACCGUUGAGAGCUUACCAUGGGAAGUUCUGCUGAAGAUCUUUACAUACCUAGAUGUUUCUUGCUUGUUAUGUGCUGGUUGUGUCAGCAAGCGUUUCUACCAUAUGUCAAAUGACAAUUUAAUUUGGCACAGAAUCUACUGCUGCUAUUUUGUCUCCAAAAGCAAGGCUUGGAAACCAAAAGCUGUAGGUAUAGCUACUGAGAAGUUGAGUAGAAUUUCUAUCCAGGACAGUCCGCCAGGAUUUUGGAAGAAAGAAUAUAUACGUAAAUGUACAAGCUCUGGCACAAGAGGAGUCGGGCUGUUGCUGAAAUCCAUUAACCGUUACACAGGAUUACCCUCAAAAUUCAGAGAAGCAGUAAAAGCUCUUGGAAUUACCUGGAUGAUUGCUCUUUGCGAAAGAACUGGCAAAGAACAUGUGUACGAGCAAGGUAAAGCCUGCUUCAGUGAUACAUCUGCUACCGUAUGUUGGAACGGUGCAGUAUGGCCUCCUCUGUGUGGACUCAAGACACUGUGUGUGUAUGGAAUCACACCAUUAUUUCCUCCAAGUAAAACAGCCGGAAUGCAUGGCCCCCGCCGGCGAUCUCUACUUGUGGAAUAUGACCUGACAACUCUGGAAGAGUCCAGUACCUUUAUUGGCUGUGACAAACUUAUUAAGUUGAGGUGCUUAUACCCUGGCUUGUUGCUGGGCUGCUGGCAAGAGGAUGGGGAAUUGGCUGUUAUUGUUGCAAAUCUCCAUUUCCAUCAACUCAUUGAGAAGAGCACAUUAGGGUCCGUUUCCUGCCCAUAUAUGCCACCAUCUCAUGACCCAGUGGCGGAUGAUGUUGUCUCAGAAUAUGGGCUACUUGGCUAUCAUUGCCACAUUGCUUUGCACAACGGGAGAAGCUCUUGCAUGUCUGGCAGCUUUCACAACCUAUUCUGCAGAAAAGAAUCUGUCCAGAAUGGCUUCUUGCAAAUAAUGAUCAUAAGUUUAGAGAAUGAGUCCCAGCACAGCACCAUCAGUGGAAGUAUCUACAUCCCUUGGAAUACAGAGUUCUUAAAAGGCAAAAUACAACAUUGUUGCUUGAUGGAUGUGACUGUUUUGGAUGAAACAGAAAAGCCAUUCUGGUGCAUAAGCUCACCUGUGGCUUUGCAAUCCACGUCUACACCUGACAUCCGAUUUAGCUAUCUGGGCAAGAGACAGACAAUUGAAUACAAGGACCAUGAAGGGAAAGUUCAUAUGGAGCUAAUAUGGUUGGAAGAGCAGCAGCAAUAUUUCAUAGUCAGUCUUGUUCUUUACCUCAAUGUUAGAAAAGUAAAUGCCUGGUUUUCAACAAGUUACUAACUGUCUACAUCAAUAUCUAUAUGGUAACCUUGCGAAAACAUUUGUUUGAUGGACAUAUACAAUUGGCAGUAGGUGUGAGUCACAAUGCUGCAUUAUUUGAGAACUUACAACGUGAAACAUAUUGAAAAGCUUAUUUGAUUCAAUUGCGACUCCCCGCUAUUGGAUUUUAGCUACAGAUGUCCACCAGCCUAAUAAAUGUUUCAAAACAUUUUACGUGAGAUUUAUUGAGAUUGAUUGGUGAUCGGUUGUUUAAUUACACCUGGUGAUACAUUUUCAUCCAGACAAAUUGCAGGGAUAGUUCUUUGUAAUAGCAGCCAUUUGGAAGGGCCCAGGAUUUUUUUUCAAGGCUGAGCUGCUGCAUUUGUUUGCAUCUGUAUAUACUCCAUUUAAGGACGGAUCUUCUGUAAACUGCAGGCAAAUUCAGGCAUAAUAUAUAAGGAACUAAAAAAAGCCUGACAACUGAAAUAUCCAACAAAAAAAAAGCUUAAAGUAAAGGAGGAAUGGGG